GGUAGGCAGUGGGGGAAGGGACCAGAUUUAAAGGUCCAGUUGCCCCGCCCCCCCGGCAGACCUGGGCAGAAGGCGCGGGUGAGCAUCCUCUGAGGGCUUGGGUCUUGCGCAUAUAGAAGGCCGCCAGGGAGACCAGUGCUGAUCACCAUGCGAUUUCGACGCCUGACCCCUGGUUACUUCCGGGUGCUACAGAUGCAGAUAGCUGGUGAGCUGAAGGCAGAGCCCCGGAGUCCACUGGCUGGGGUUGUGGCUACAGUGCUAGCUGUCCUCGGGCUGGGUGGCUCCUGCUAUGCGGUCUGGAAGAUGGCAGGGCAGCGGCGGCUGCCACGGAACCCAUAACAAAGAGAGACUCUCACCUGGACGCUGGAGGGCUCGACUCUCAGCUGCUUCAGCCUGGCAGAAAAAAGAAUAGGAGUUGGGAGCUGACCAGGUGCGACCCCUAUCUGCUGAGCACCCAUCCAUCAAUCCUCUCCUCACUCCUUCAUACCUUUUCUUGUGGUCUUUGGAUCGGAAGUGCGUCUUCAGGUUGGCGGAAUCGACGAAGUACCUCCUGUAGGGAGGAAAGUGAGAAGGAGAGUGAGGAGGUGAUGUCUACCAAGUACAUCUAUCUCCCUAGCCCUAGCUUGUCCCUGACACCAGGAUCUGAGUCUGAGGAUCCGGAAGCGGGAGGAACCAAGGGUCCCAAGAGAGAAGACUCCGCGCCGCCCGGGGCUCGAACUUCACAUUUCCCGGCCGGUACCUCGGACCUUCCUCCGCCCUAGGCCGGGCUCGGCCGGUACUAACGUGCAGGCCAGACAGCGGUGCAGGCCGCCCCCUGGCAGGUCGGGGUCCGGCUCGGCCUGGGGCGGUGCAGGUCCCUGCUGCCGCAGCUCGCGAUGAAUCUCAUCCAGGUCCGGCCGCCGCCGCUUCGCUUUCAUCUGCCGGGCUAGGGAGUGCGCUCGGUGCGCGCCUGUCCGGCGGGAGCGACCCAUGGCCAGUAACAGCCCGGCAAAAGGGCCAGGAGCAGAGCACGGAAUACACGUGCGGGCGCUUCCGGGUCGCCCAGCGACAUUUGGCGACGCCGGGGGGCGAGGGAGGCUCGGCCCGACCGCCUCCGAUAGAUGACGUCACUCGCUCGGCCAACGGCUCGAGCGCCCCCAGGCGGCCGUCGACGUCAGUGACCGCGCUCAGGACGGGGCCCCAAAAGUAUGCCCACUGAAGGGCAUGGCCACGUGGGUUCUCGCUGGGGAGGCGCGGGUGGUGCGUGCGUCUGGGGGUUUCGGGGCCGUCUAGCUGCCUUGCUAUCCCUGGCCUGGCCCAACAAGUCUCAGUGCCAACCUCUACCCCUGUCAUCCCUUCCUGGUUCCCAGACCUCGGACUCUGCGGUGGGGGUGGGAUGCUUUAUCUCUGGAAAGCACUGAUAAAUGUCUGUGUCGUGAAUAAAUCAAUAUAUGACAGAAUUAA